GAGGAAUUACGGUAAAAACAUCAACGUUAAGAGGCCGAACGAACAUCUAUUGACAGCAGCGCUCAAAUCUACAAAAAACUCUACAGUACACACUACGAGGUUCAAGAGUGUGCGGUGAGGAAGCGUGUUUUUAGUUAUGACGAACCCUUAUGCACACAUUAUUGAGCCUCUGGACCCCCAGAAGCCCGACCACAAGUUCUUCAACCUUAAAAAGCUCAAAGACCCCAGAUAUGACCAGCUUCCCUUCUCCAUCCGUGUGCUGCUGGAGUCUGCGGUGAGGAACUGUGACGGGUUCCUGGUGAAGAAAGAGGAUGUGGAGAAAGUCCUCAACUGGAAGGUGACGCAGAGUCAGACCGUGGAGGUGCCUUUCAGACCGGCUCGCGUCAUCUUGCAAGACUUCACGGGUGUUCCUGCAGUGGUCGACUUUGCUGCCAUGCGUGAUGCAGUGAAAAAACUACAGGGCGACCCCGAGAAGAUUAAUCCAGUCUGUCCGGCAGACCUUGUCAUAGAUCAUUCCAUUCAGGUUGACUUCAACAGGAAAUUUAAGCUCCGAUCUUUUGGAGCAGGUGUUGGAGGUAUCGAGGCGGAGGCGGUCAUGUUGGGUCAGCCGAUCAGCAUGGUGCUGCCAGAGGUCAUCGGCUACAAACUACAGGGGACGCCUAACAAAUAUAUCACCUCCACUGACAUAGUGCUUACUGUCACCAAGCAUUUGCGGCAAGUUGGUGUGGUUGGAAAAUUUGUGGAGUUUUUCGGCCCUGGUGUUGCUCAGCUGUCUAUCGCUGACCGCGCCACCAUCGCCAACAUGUGCCCUGAGUUUGGAGCCACCGCUGCCUUCUUCCCUGUAGACCAGAUCAGCAUUCAUUAUCUGAAGCAGACGGCACAAGGCUUCAAAGGAUUCCAGGUGGCUCCUGAGCGUCAUGAUGUUCAAGUGUCCUUCCAGUUUAACGGAGCGGAGUAUUCUCUGUCUCACGGAUCCGUGGUCAUCGCAGCUAUUACCAGCUGUACUAACACCAGUAACCCCUCAGUCAUGCUGGGAGCAGGUCUGUUGGCGCAGAGGGCUGUAAAGGCUGGUCUCAGUGUCAAGCCGUACAUAAAGACCAGUCUGUCUCCAGGCAGUGGAGUGGUCACAUACUACCUUAAAGAGAGCGGGGUCAUGGACUUCCUCUCACAGUUAGGUUUCGAGGUUGUUGGUUACGGCUGCAUGACCUGCAUUGGAAACAGUGGACCCCUUCCAGAGUCGGUUGUAGAGGCGAUUACUCAGGGUGAUUUGGUGGCUGCGGGUGUCCUGUCUGGAAACAGAAACUUCGAGGGUCGCGUCCAUCCCAACACACGAGCCAAUUACCUGGCCUCUCCUCCUCUGGUCAUUGCUUAUGCUAUAGCAGGCACAAUGAGAAUAGAUUUUGAAAAAGAGCCUUUAGCCGUGAACUCUCAGGGAAAAGAGGUUUUCCUGAGGGACAUCUGGCCCACGCGGGAGGAGAUCCAGGCGGUGGAGAGACAGUUUGUCAUUCCUGCCAUGUUUAAGGAGGUCUAUGAGAAAGUUGAGAAAGUGAAUGAACGCUGGAACUCCCUGAAAGCUCCUUCUGACAAGCUGUAUACCUGGGAUCCCAAUUCUACUUACAUUAAAUCCCCUCCUUUCUUUGAUGGACUGACCCGGGAGCUGCAGACACCAAACUCCAUAACAGACGCGUAUGUGCUGCUCAAUUUGGGAGAUUCUGUGACCACGGACCACAUCUCGCCUGCUGGAAACAUUGCACGUAACAGUGCUGCCGCACGAUACCUGACCAGCCGCGGACUCACCCCGAGGGAGUUCAAUUCAUAUGGUUCUCGUCGAGGGAAUGAUGCAGUCAUGGCUCGAGGCACAUUUGCCAACAUCCGCCUCUUUAACAAGUUUAUAAACAAGCAAGCACCAAGUACCAUCUACCUUCCUACAGAGGAGACGAUGGAUGUGUUUGAUGCUGCAGAGAAAUACCAGCAGGCUGGUCAUCCUCUCUUGAUUCUGUCGGGCAAAGAGUAUGGAUCGGGAAGCUCUAGAGAUUGGGCGGCUAAAGGGCCCUUCCUGCUGGGCAUCAAAGCUGUUCUAGCGGAGAGUUACGAGCGGAUUCAUCGCAGUAAUCUGGUUGGGAUGGGCAUCAUCCCUCUGGAGUAUCUGCCGGGUGACAGCGCUGAAAGCCUGGGGCUCACCGGCCGCGAGAGAUACACUGUGAUCAUUCCUCCACAGAUCACGCCCAGAAUGACCGUCGACAUCAAGCUGGACACAGGGAAGACGUUUCAGGCCAAGAUGAGGUUCGACACGGACGUGGAGCUCACGUACUUCCAUCACGGCGGCAUCCUCAACUACAUGAUCCGCAAGAUGUCCCAAAACUGACACCGUCUUCAGGAUGUUCCCCUCGAAACGCAUCCACCAUCUGGAUACUUGUUUUGUCCCAUCAGUGUUUUUGUGUCUCUUUUAAGAACCAACUAAUGUGUUGCUUGGUUAUGGUUAUGUUUGAAAUAUGACGCAUAACGUUACGUGCUACAAUAUUAAAUUCUCCCAAUCAGUGGCUUAGAAAGCAUUACACGUUUAUUCUUCUCUGUUAUUCAUCUUAUUAAUCACUGUACUUAAACUACACUUCGACACAAGUUCUUAACAGGUUAUCCGCUCGUGUGCACUGCGUUGUUGUUUUUUUUUGUUAGUUAAAAUUGCAUAAACGUUGAUUUUUUUAUUUUUUAAGAUGUACCAAUGAUUCCGUUUCAUUGCUGAAUCAUUUUCUUUCAGAAGAGUCACGUAAUGGUUAUGCAUUAACUUCAGACUGAAAUACUGACGAACAUGUAGUUUAAAACAGAUGUUGCAUCAGAUAAAUCCCUUUAACAGCUGUCGGAUAUCAGAUGAAAAUAUGAAAGUGCCUAUGUUUUCACACAUUGCGUCUAAUCACUUGAAAAAGCCUGUGCUUGUUUCAUUCCAGUCUUUAUUUCUUAUGCAUCUGUACUCAGCUGGGUAGUUACUGAUUGCAUGUAAUCUGGAUUACGUAAUCAGAUUCCAAAAAUUAAGCACUUGUAAUUAGAUU